UUCCAGGGGAGUUGUCUCGAGAGAAACCAUUGAAAGAUUUGGGCACCACCUUUCCCCAAUCCCCCAUCUAUGCCACUGUUCCAAUUAAAAACCACUGCUCUCAUCCUGUCCACUUGCUGGUAAAACCUCCACAUUUACAGUAGGUGACCACAGGCUCACGCACCCCAUUUCUCCUCCAACACCAGCUUAUAUAUAUAUAUUACUCCUCACCAUUACUCAUUCUGGAUGGAGACAUUCUCCACCGGCUGGUAUAUCCUUUAUAUCAAGACUUGGGCUCACAACCUAUACACACACAACAAAUAUUACCUUUGUUAAAAGAUUGCAGGGGAUCAGUUGGCCAUGUGGGGCAGCAGGGCAAAGCUCCCCAUCUGUGUAUUUGAACUCACUUUUGAGUGAUUCUUCUUGCUGUCUGCUUUAAGUCCCAUCCCUGAUAACACUACAGUGAUCUUCAACUUUUACUAUUCGAUCGAUUUAAUAAAAGGCCUCAGUCAUCGACUAUGACCAGUUGUUGACAAUGUAGGACGGUAUCUGUCACCUCGAGAUUUAUUUCUUUUUGGUAUGUGUUUAUAGGUUUGAGAUUCUCUUUUGGGGGUAUGGUUUUGAGCUAUGUAAUAUGUUGCUGAAGCAAAUGAUACUGAGGUUUUGCAUGUUAGAUGGGUUGCAGGUCACUGAUCACAGCAGUAGGAUGCCUGAGGCUGGCAAUGUAGGUUGUCUCUGGCUUCCUUUCUGUUCAAGUUUGACAAACAAUUGCGUAUUAGAUCUUUUCAUAGCAGCAAGAUUUUUCAGGUCAUGACAAGCAGUAUUCGCAUUGCUGUUGAGCAAGUCAUGAGCAAGUUUGGCAGUAUAUAAGGCUGCCCUCUCUACAGUUAUUACUCAGGACAGAGUGACACUGGAUUCACUGUCCUCAUCUGAGGUUGGAGAAGUAUCGGGUGAUUUGUAUGCUUGCAGUUCAAUUGGCAGUUAAUAGCAGCAGAACAUAGUGUGAGUAGUGUGAGAAUGUUAUUAAUGGACCAUGCUUGGUAACUAGUAUUUGUUACACCUGAGCUUUUGAUGCUGUAGUAUUGUAUUUAUUCCUAUCAUUGCUUCAGGUUCGAUGUUUUGGUUUUCUGGAGCAAGGCAAGUUCAUACCAAAUGCCAACAUUGCUUGCAGCCAUAGUUGGAGGACUCAUUGGAGCUAUUGCAUCAUUGGUGAUUGUUGUUUGGUUUCUUUGGUUUUGUAUACUGCACCGUAGAUUCCCCUCGAAUAGAAAUUCUGAGACUGGUUCGUCGGACCCUCCAACUAUAGUAGAAUGGAGUAGGAGAGGUCGGAUCUCCUUUGCUGGUGGCGGCCAUGCAACUGAACAUCAGGGAGCUAGGCAAUUUACGCUUGAAGAAUUGAGCCAGGCUACAAAGAGUUUUGAUGAGUGCAAUCUUGUCGGCAGUGGCAGCUUUGGCUUGGUGUACAAGGGUUUGCUUCUUGAUGGUACUAUUGUAGCAAUUAAAAUGCGUCGAGGUUCUCCACAGCCAGAAUUUGUGGAAGAGGUUAAAAAACUAUCGGAGAUCUGCCAUCGUAAUCUUGUUACUCUUAUUGGUUAUUGCCAGGAAGGUGGUCUCCAAAUGCUAGUUUUCGAAUAUUUGCCUAAUGGAAGCAUCAGCCAUCAUCUAUAUGAUACUGGGCGAGAUAUAGCGAUGAGACUAGAAUUUAAACAGAGGCUCUCUGUAGCUAUAGGAACUGCUAAAGGCUUAAACCAUCUGCAUAGUCUUGUACCUCAAGUAGUACACAAAGACUUCAAAUCGAGCAAUGUCUUGGUUGAUGAAAACUUCAUUGCAAAGGUAGCAGAUGCAGGUAUAGCUAAAUUACUUCAAAGACUCGACAAUGCUGGCCCAUCUCGGUCAUCUGAUGGCAAUGUCUUCCAGGAUCCAGAGGUUGAAGAAUUUGGUGCUCUUUCUGAAGCCAGUGAUGUGUACAGUUUCGGCGUGUUUCUUCUGGAACUCAUAACUGGUCGAGAAGCUGCACAUCUUCUCUCUCCAGAAUCAGAAGAAAGCUUGGUCCAGUGGGUGGAAGGUCAUCUAGUUUCAAAUGAUCUCAUCGAUCGACGAUUGGGUAGCAGUUUCACUUCUGAAGGGAUGAAAGACUUAAUUGGGCUAACUCUUCGAUGCUUGAAUCCAUCCGGGAGGGGGCGACCGAAGAUGAGUUCUGUUGCCACAGAGCUCGAUCGGAUUCUGGAGACGGAGAUGACGCUGACGACGGUCAUGGGUGAUGGUACUGCCAUAGUGACCCUUGGGAGCCAGCUGUUUAAUUCUUCAUGAAGAACAAAAGACCCAUUAGGACUUGGACUGUGCAGUAUGCCUGCUUUCCAGCCCUAAGUAGCAGUUUCUGGCUGCACAUUAUUAUCAAUUUUUUUUCUUAUAAUGUGCAGCCACAGCGUUCCAUAUUAAAGAUUAAUUGUUACAGCUGCAUGGUGUUGAGCUCAGGUUUUCUAUAUGGUAUACCUUGUUAAACUUCAAGCUCUGUGUGUUGGUUAACUCAAAUCUGUUGCUGGGGUUCUGGUAGUCUGCAAGUCACUUGUAGUUUUGGAGAAGAGGAGUCCCAAGCAAGGUAUUGGCGUUUGUAGUUGUUUGUGACCUGAUGCUUCUUCCUUUGUUAACUUCUAACUUCAAGAAUGUCAUUAUAUAUGCUUCCUUCUCCCAGAGGGAAGAAAAACAGAGCACUAUCAAGUUCAGUUGUUUUUAAGCAUCAAAGCUGCAGGGUAACAGAUUGAAG